UGAUAAGGAAUUGUUGCCAGAUGCCCAACCUUACAUUAAAAAUUUUUGAUCUAACGUUUGGCGCCAGCAUUUACCGCUGGCGCCAUCUACUGGAAAACGGCGGUUUUCAAUUUGUACUCCAAUAGUAUGGCUGCAGCAUGGUGGGUGCUUCAACUUGAACAAUACGAAAAAAAAAUUUAAGAAUACGUAGAAGAGAAUUACGAGAUCUAAGCAAUUCUUUUGAGAUACCAGAAUCCCAAUUUAUGGUUUUAUAUCGGUAAGUAUAAACAAUCUAGUACAUUUUGCUUUGUAAUUACAUUUUAUGCUACGAAAUAAUGGACCGUUAUUAACAAUUAGGCAAUAGAUAUUUUGAUAUUAAUGAUUUUACAAAUAUACAGACUUUCAAAAGAUGCUACUUUCAUGUUGUAUGAAAGUAUACAACCUUAUGUACAAGGACCUCAGAAGUUGACAGCAAUACCAUUAGAAUUAAAGGUUUUGGAUUAAUACUAACUUCCCGGGGGUAAUAGGAGCUAUAGAUGGGACACAUGUGGCAAUAUGGCCACCAGAAAAAAACAGAGAACAUCUUUACAUUAAUAGAAAAUUAUUUUAUUCCCUAAAUGUUAUGAUAGUCAGUGACUAUAAUGGAAUAAUAUUAACAGUUUUAGCAAGUCACGGUGGCCGUACUCAUGAUUCCAGAGUUUGGAAUUCCUCUCGAUUAGCCAGAUAUAUGUUAAACAAAUAUCAGAAUGGUAGAAGAAAUGUAUGGCUAUUAGGUGAUGCAAGAUAUCCCUUAUUACCAUAUUUAAUGACACCCAAAUUAAAUCAACCACCAGGAUCUCCAAGUGCAGCAUAUAAAGAUGCUCAUAUUAAAGCACGAUGCUCAAUCGAAAGAACAAUAGCAUUGAUCGUAAACGCAACUUGUGUUCUACAUAAUAUUGCAAAACGUUUUAAUAUUCUGGAUGGCAAUGUAUACAGAGAUGAAAAUAUUGAAGAAGAAUUAGGACCGAUUUUUGAUAAAAAUUUACGUGCAAGAGGAAAUAAAGUGCGAGAAAGAAUAACUACAAUA